GCUUGGGUCCAAAGAAAAGGAGAAUGAGGGUCUCAAGAAUGACAUAUCUGAGAUAACAUCCAAGCUAGAGGAGGAGAAGCACGAAGCAGCAAGACUUGGAGAGGUGGCGUCGUCGAGCGCGGCGGAGCAGGCAUCUCUUCAGCAUCAGAUUGAAGAAGCUGCUCACCGGAUUUCAAGUCUUGAGGGUGAAUGCUCCAGAAUCAGCAAAGAGGGAUCAAAGUCGAUCGAGAAUAUUGAAAGCAAACAUGACAUGCUCUGCAGGGAGUUGCAGAAAAAGGAAGAUGAGUGUGUUCUUAUCCAGUCACAGCUCAAGGCUACGAUGUCAGAAAAGGCGGAACUCGAAUGCAGCAAAGGGAGGGCGGCAGAAGAGAUAAAAUCACUACUCAGAAGGGUCCAAAAUUCUGAGAAGUGGAUGAACAAGCUCAAAGCAACGCUUGGUCAAGCGGGCCUUGUCACCCCUGAUCAACCAGCCUCGGAAGCAUGGAGCAGCCUGGAAACUAGCUUGCGCACAGUUAUUAGCAGAGAUGCCGCCUGCAAUUCCUUGAACUCAUCUCCUGGUGGCAACCAAGAUGUUGGUGGCUCGAAGGCCCGAAGUUCGACUCUAGGACAGGAUGUCUACAAGGCUACAGAAGUGAUCUACAAAGCAGAAAGCUUUCAAGCAAGCAUUAUCUCUUCGCCCUUCCCAGCAAAAGCUAACCCGACAGAAAACGACGCCGCAAAACAGCCUUUCUGCUCCGCGCAGAACCCCAAUAUUGUACCUUUUUCAAGCUUCCGCCAACGGUCACCGAUAGAUAGUUCUGUCUUCGGUAAUGACCAGGAUGAUCUUGCAGCUAUGCUACUUCUUACUUCAGAGCAACAGGUUCCGAAUGAGGUACAUUCGCUUAACAAGCCCGUCGAAGCCCAAUCGACAGGAUCAGCCAGCGUCGCUGUGUCAGCCAAGAGCAAAGUGCUUCAGCCAGACCCUCAAGACAUGAAUGAUGAGAAGGCACUCGAAACGAAGUGCAACACUAAAGGGACUGCAACUAAAUCAAAAGGCGUCACUUUCGAGGCACAGAGCACAGCAUCACCGGGGCAGAAACGUAAAUCGACGGCCGGGAGUAACCUCAGUCCAAGGUUUUGGCAGAGCCAGUCCAUCGAGGAAAGACCAGCCCGUCUGAAUCGACGCACAUAUGCCAGGGCUCGUCAACCCGCGACUCGAACACUGGCAAAUCUUGAGGAACAAUCGACCUGUUUACCUAGGAAUGAGAUUGCUGAUGAAGCUGCGCAUGCUGCCGCAUCUUGCUCCACUGGAAACAAACGAGCCAAGGUUUCUGUGGAUCAGAAGCCACAAACAAAGCCCGUCAGCGAGUACUUCGAGCGCAAGCCGAGCCCCAAGAAGCUUGCUUCCGGAAGCAGCAGGCCUUCUUCAUUGAAUGCCAGCCAGGGGACCAAUUUAAAGCGAGCAGCUAGAGGUAGGGGAACAGGGCGAAAGACACGAGGUAAGACGCAAGAUAAGAAGUCAAAUCAAGCACACUAACCCAAUAGGUGAUCAUUACAAUGCUCGCUUCAGCCGAGGAGCCUGAGGGGUACAUGGACGAAUACGUCGGACGGCAGUCGGGGAAGAAUGACUCUGUACCUGUUUUUCUUCGAUUUGUGCACCUUCUAUCUUACCCGGCGUGAUAAUCGAGAGGUGGAGAAAAACAUAUCCCUAACUCAAUUUCCGCAACACAGAAUGUCUGAAGCUUU